UUUACAUAAUACUGCUUUGGGCAUCUGACGUCAAGGAAUGUUGGCUAACAGCUGGAUUCAUACGAAUACUGUGCAUGUCGCAACGAUAUUUCCCCCUAGAAAUCUCAUUUAUCUUCACAUCCGCUGAUUUUUUAUCAUCGCAUUAUCUCCUCCAACUCUACUUCUCACUGCAGCUCAAAUAAUGUCCCCAAGUCACUUCGAUCAGCCGGAGAAGCUGGAGUCUGUACCUUUCCUCACAAAAAGGCCCGAAGUCAGUGAGGUUACACACUCGCAAAAUCGCCAACAGAACCCUCUGGAGUCGGAAUUAUCGCAUCACCUAUAUUUCGAAGAUAAUGAUGGCUUCUUCCCCCCCAGCUGGCUAGGGCAGAAGCCCCCCGCUCAAGGCCGAAGUCGUCCGUCGACCCCAGAAACCGAAACCGCAGCGCGAUCCCACUAGACGCUGGACGGGGUCAUCAGCAUGAUCUGGCUUGGACGAAACUAUGGCGCUUUUUGGAGUUUCUACUGCAUUUUUUGUCUGGGCUGGCCAUAUCUUCUGCUCAGUGCUAUACUAGGGCCAUCAGAUUGUCAAAUUUACCAUAUUUCACCCCCCGCCCCCGGGCCUUGAUGAGAUGCUGUUCUCUGCAAGCAGGCACGGUUGGAAUGAAGAAGACAGUAAUUACUAGGUACUGCUCAGUAUGUACAUCAUGUGAUCGCAGUAAUUGGGCGCCUCUCAGGCUGGGUGUACCGCAGAUGGAUG